AUGCGCCAUGGAUGGCGGCGAGCGGCGCAGGCGGUGCAGCACGUACGGUGUGCGUCGUCGCACGUACGUCCUGCGGAGCGCCUCGCGCAGUAUGACUGGCGCCGAGUGCAAUCGCUCGCGCUAGGCGGCCCUGACUCGCGUGCGGACGUGGUGGAUGUGGUGCGGCACGUCCGCUCGAAGGAUCCGCGCGCAUCGCACCUCGCCAAGCUGUGUCGUGAGCAUAUGCUUCGCGGCGCGUGGGAGCAGCGUCCGGAAAUGCUCUCUAUGGCGCUGUGUGUGCGUGCGCAUGAGACGUCGGUAAGCGACGCAUGGCACUGGAUGCGGUCCGCCUACCCUACCUGGAUACCCCACCCUGACGAUGCGUCCUGGGCCGUGCAGGCGCUUCUUGCCGCGAAAGAGCGCGAGGCAGCCUGGGACGUGUGGCAAGAUACCCGCUCGAUGCAUGUCAUGCCGCGCGCCUCAGCGAUCAAUGCGCUUCUCUCCGCGUGGGGGACGCACGACGCAGCCACCAGCCUCGUCCUCGACGUGGGCAUAGCGCACCUCGACAUCGUCGGCCUGAGCACGUACGUGCACCUGCACACGAAAGCGCGCGUCUUUCGUGAGGCAGUGCACGAUGCCGCGCAGGUGCUUCGCGAGCGACUCGCCACGUCACACGACAAGAUUGCCUGGCACGCCAUGCUGCUGUACACGGGCUACACUCGCGGCACGGAGGCCGCGAUGGAACUUGCCCGCGACUCGCGCGAUGCGUUCCAGCCCGAUGCGUACACGGUAUCUACGUUGGCUCUAUGCUACGCGGCGAACGGCAUCGCAUCGUGCGACGACGCACUGCACAUGCUAGAUGCCAUUCACGAGGCCGUCCGCGUCCGGCCCACGACACACGCGCUGAGCAUGGCGAUCCAAGCCGUUCUCGCGCAAAAAAGCCUGGGCGAUCCACAGCAGGCCUUCGAGGCCUAUGCCCUGUACCGCGAGGCACGCACAGCAUGGUCCCUCGAGUCAGACGCUGCGGUGCUGCAGCCCCUGAUCGAGGCCCACUGUGCCGCCUUUGUGCCCCACAUCGACCGCGCCUGGUCGCUGCUGCAAGAGCACAUAUAUACCCCGCCUCGCUCGCUGUGGGCCCGCUGGCGCCGGACGCCACAGCGCCCCACGGUCGACUUGGGCCUGUUUUAUCCGCUCGUGAUGGCCUGUGCUCGACUGCACGCGACGCCUCUCGCGCUCGAGAUCCUCGCGUGCAUGCGCGAGCUGCGUCUGCGCGUGCCGCCCCACGCCGCCCUCACGAUGACCCGGCAGCUCAUGAGCGCAUGUGCGACAUGGGACGAAGCCACGCGCACAUACCACGCCGUGCACGCCCUGGGCGGCUGGGCCCACGAUACCUAUGCCAGGGUGCUGGCCCUGGUGUGCCGACACACGAUCCAAGACGAGCGCGCGCCGCCCGAGCUGGCCCUCCAAGUCCUGGGCGAUAUGCGGCACGCCGGCUUUCAUCCCAGCGCUCAGACGUACACGGUCCUGCUGGACUACUACGCCAAGGUCCAUGCAGGCUUAGCGGGCGUGCGUGCAACGCACGCGCUCAUCCAGCGCGACGUGCAGCUCGAGCCGGACCUCGUGCUUAUUCAUGCCCUCAUGAACGCCUACAACUACGCAGGCGCGCCAGCGCAGGUCCUGGGCAUCUGGGACAGCCUCGUCGUCCUGUGCCACAAUGCGUCCGGCACGUUGGUGGAUGACAUCACCGUCACGAUCGUGUGCGAUACAUGCGGCCGCGCAGGGCUGCUGGACGUCAUGCGCCGCGUCCUAGACACGGUCCAGGACAUGGAUCCUGCCCUCAUGACGAAGAACGUGUACGACGCCUGGGUCGAAUGCCUCGCGCGCUGCGGCCACCUGGUAGAGGCGAUGCACGUGGUGCUUGACGAGAUGCGACCCCACGCCCACACGAUGCCCGACGCCAAGACGGUGCAUACGCUCCUCAAAUUCUCCCAAAAUGACCCGGAGCAUGGCUCGCACGUACGGCGCGCGCUGCAAGAAGCGUUCCCCGCGCUGUGCUAG